UUAUGUAAGGUAUUAAGAUGUAUUAUAAUCAGGUAUGAAUUCGUGAUGAAACUAUGUUAAUAUUUGUUGAGAUAAAGUAUUGCCAGGAGUCAGGACACCCCUCAAAAAAAAAAAUCAAAAUACGCCACUGUACACCACAAAUGGAUAGGAAGAAAAAACGAAAGCAGAGGUUUUGGACUAAUGAGAGGUUGCAAAAGCGAAAUAAGUAUAACUGUGAAAAUCUGUUAUCUGAAUUCCGAGUCAAAAAACAAAAUACAAUAAUGCCAGAAUUGAUUUCAGCCAGCCAAAGACUUUCUUUGACUCUUCUGCGUAACUUAGCCACUGGUUACACAUUUGAAGAUCUCAGUGCGUCAAUAAAAAUCAAAUAUUUUUAA